AUGAAUCAUCAAGAUAGAAUGUUAAAUGCUACCCAAAAAUUAGACGAAGCAACUUAUGACAUUGAAAUGUCUAAUGCUAUCGUUGAAGACACUAUUUCAACACAAAUGGAUUCUAUUCAAGAAUUACGAAGACAAAGAGAGGUAUUAGAAAAAGAUAAAGAUGCACUAGACAAAGUAAAUAACGAUUUAGAUACUUCUGAUAAAACACUGAAAGGAAUGUUAAGAAGAGCAAUUUGUAACAAAGUCUUUUUAAUCAUCCUUGCCAUUGUUUUCCUCAUUAUCAUUGGUGUUGUCAUUUACUUAGGAUUUUUUGUUUUUAAAAAACAUUAA